AUGGAGUAUCACAGUGGAGGAAGUGGGUCCCCUGGUGAUCAUCAUCAUCAUCACCAUGAUGGUUCUUCUGAAUCUCAGAGGAGGAAGAAACGUUACCACCGUCACACUGCUAAUCAGAUUCAAAGGCUUGAAUCUAUGUUCAAGGAUUGUCCACAUCCUGAUGAGAAACAAAGGUUGCAGUUAAGCAGAGAAUUAGCCUUGGCUCCUAGACAGAUCAAGUUUUGGUUUCAGAACAGAAGGACUCAGAUGAAGGCACAACAUGAAAGAGCUGAUAAUUGUACCCUAAGGGCAGAGAAUGAUAAAAUAAGAUGUGAGAAUAUAGCUAUAAGGGAAGCCCUUAAAAAUGUCAUCUGCCCCUCUUGUGGUGGUCCUCCAAUCAAUGAUGAUUGUUAUUUUGAUGAACAAAAGUUGAGAAUUGAAAAUGCUCAACUUAAAGAAGAGCUUGAUAGAGUAUCUAGCAUUGCUGCAAAAUACAUUGGAAGACCAAUUUCACAGCUUCCACCAGUUUCACCAAUUCACAUGUCAUCAUUGGAUUUAUCAAUGGGAAAUUUUGGUGGACAUGGAAUGGUUGGAGGGCCUUCACUUGAUCUUGAUCUUUUACCAGGAAGUUCAUCAAACAUGCCAAUGGUUCCUUACCAGCCUGCUUGUCUUUCUGAUCUCGAAAAGUCGCACAUGUCUGACCUUGCUACAAGUGCCAUGGGCGAACUGGUUAGGCUUUUACAGACUGAUGAGCCUUUGUGGAUGAAAUCAAACACUGAUGGAAAAGAUGUUCUUAACCUUGAAGCCUAUGCUAUGAUGUUCGAUAAGACUGGUAAUCGGUUGAAGAAUCCGAAUAUUCGGAUUGAAGCUUCUAGGGAUUCUGGUGUUGUGAUCAUGAAUAGUUUAACUCUGGUUGAAAUGUUUAUGGAUCCGAACAAGUGGAUGGAACUAUUUCCUACUAUUGUGACAAUGGCGAAGACAAUCGAAAAUAUUGUUCCAGGAAUGAUGGAUAAUGGCUCUUUACAAUUGAUGUACGAAGAGUUGCAAGUGCUUUCGCCAUUUGUUCCUAUCAGAGAAUUCUACUUUCUGCGUCACUGUCAACAGAUUGAGCAAGGUUUAUGGGCUAUAGUUGAUGUUUCCUAUGAUUUUCCUAAUGACAACCAAUUCGCUUCACAAUUUCGAUGCCAUCGUCUUCCGUCCGGUUGCUUCAUUCGAGACAUGCCUAAUGGAUAUUCCAAGGUUACUUGGAUUGAACAUGUUGAGAUUGAAGAUAAAAAUCCACUUCAUAGGCUUUAUAGAAAUGUUAUCUAUAGCAGUGUCGCAUUUGGAGCUGAAAGAUGGCUCACUACUCUUCAAAGAAUGUGCGAAAGACUUGCUUGUCUUAUGGUGUCUUCCAAUUCUACCCGCGAUCUUGGGGGAGUGAUUCCAUCACCUGAGGGGAAGAGAAGCAUGAUGAAGCUAGCACAAAGAAUGGUAACAAAUUUCUGUGCAAGUAUAAGUGCAUCAGCUAGCCAUAGAUGGACCACACUUUCUUCUGCGAAUGAGACUGGAGUCAGAGUUACUGUUAGAAAGAGUACAGAUCCUGGUCAGCCUAAUGGUAUUGUGCUAAGUGCUGCUACUACCAUUUGGUUACCUAUUCCUCCACAAACUGUUUUCAGUUUCUUCAAAGAUGAAAGGAAAAGACCCCAGUGGGAUGUUCUUUCCCAUGGUAAUGCUGUUCAAGAAGUUGCUCAUAUAGCAAAUGGUUCACACCCUGGCAACUGCAUUUCUGUACUUAGGGCUUUUAACACAAGUCAGAACAACAUGCUGAUACUUCAAGAAAGCUGUGUGGACUCAUCAGGUUCGCUAGUAGUCUACUGUCCGGUUGAUUUACCAGCUAUCAACAUAGCAAUGAGCGGCGAAGAUCCGUCCUACAUUCCAUUACUCCCGUCCGGUUUCACAAUUACAUCGGACGGAAACCAAACCGAUAACACCAACAACAAUAAUAACAAUAUUCAAGGAACCAACAACAAUAAUAACAAUAUUCAAGGAGGAAGUGGCAGUAAUAAUGGCGACGGAGCAUCAACAAGCUCAAACACAAACAUAGGAAAUAAUAAUAGCGGAGGAUCAUUGAUAACAGUUGCAUUUCAAAUAAUGGUAAGCAGUUUACCAUCUGCAAAACUUAACAUGGAGUCUGUUGCAACUGUGAAUGGACUUAUUGGUGAGACUGUCCAACACAUAAAAGCUGCUUUGAAUUGCCCUAGUUCUUGA